AUGUCGUCCGGAAAAGUUAAGACUGGCCAACUUUGGUCCAAGAACAAGGCGGACCUCGCAAAGCAACUCGGAGAGUUGAAGACUGAGCUCGGUCAAUUGAGAACUCAGAAGAUUGCUGGAGGAUCUGCUGCUAAGCUCACCAAGAUCCACGACGUCCGAAAGUCAAUUGCCAAGGUCCUCACAGUCAUUAAUGCCAACCAACGCGCACAACUCCGUCUCUUCUACAAAGGAAAGAAAUACCUUCCUCUCGAUCUCCGAGCAAAGCAAACUCGUGCCAUCCGCAGACGCCUUUCCAAGCACGAGAAGGAGUUGACGUUGGAGAAGACCCAGAAGAGAGCGAUGCACUUCCCACAAAGAAAGUUCGCUGUUAAGGCGGAGGCUUAA